AUGCGACCUGAGGGCGAGUGCUCUGAGAGACCCGGCCGCGGCGGCGACGGAGGGUUCUCUACACCAGGGACCGCGGGGGCCGGGCCUCGCGUCUCCUCCUUGGCCUCGCGGGCGGGUCGGCACACUCGUCCUGCGGGUGUCGGCGUCGCCGCCGCCGCGUCUCUCUCUUCUGGGUGCCACCGGUUGGCCUCGGCCCCCCAUCCAGCCUCUGCGGCGGCGGCGGCGGCGACAACGGCACCAGGUGAGCGUGUGCCCAAGGCGCCUGCGCGGCCUACGUGGAGCUCGCCGAGGGAGCGCUACGGAGUGCCGGAGGGGACAAGCUGGAGUCGGGCCCGCACAUGCGCGCUCCAGGGUCGCUCCCGGAAGAUGCAGGGAUUUGCGCUGUUUAUGCUCACUGAGUGCCUAGAUGCCCUCAGAUACGGAGCCCGGGCUCGUCUGAGCGCUACGCUGACGCACAUCAGGACUUCGGCGCUGCGAAGUCUGGUGGGGAGGGUGCUGCUUCUGUUGAGGACCGCAAGGCUAACAGUCCUGCCGCAAAGAACCGCAUGUGUGGGUGUCCGGAGUGCGAGAAGAGGGGACCCAGGGAACCUGCCGAGGGCUCUGAAGGAUAGUGUACUUUUGUUCAGUAUUUGUGGUUAGGAUUCUCUGCCUUCAGUGUCUCGUACUCCUACUGCUUCCCAGAGGGGCCCUCUUCCCUUCGCUGGACUCUUCCAGGGUUCAAGAAGUGCCUGACACGGGGCUCCCAGGGUCCAGAUGUUUCUGGCCGAUAUUGUAAGAUUUCAGUCCUUUGGACAUCGCCUUUAUUUAUUUUUUAUUUCACAGAAAUCGUAUAUUUUCAUAUAUUCCUUCAAAAAUCUUUAAUUCUAAGUGCCAGGUCCUUGGGGGGUCUCUCUCAGUCUUUAAUAGAAGAAGUAGACAAAAAAAUUAGUAAGGAU